GGUCUCAGAGGUGCUCGGCACGGGCCAUGGGGAGGGAGAGAGUGUGUGUGUGUAGUGGUCGCUGAGGCAAGGCGACGGCUUCAGCAACACUCAAGUAUGUAUGGUAUGUAAGUAUGUGCGCAUGUACAUGUGCAAAUAGCCAUGUGCGUAGGUCUGGUAAUAAUGCGCUGAGCACACCCGGCAGCUGCAAAGGGGACGUGAGUUCGCAGUCAAGGCCAAAUGGACGGCCAAACGUGGAGACGCCGCGUUUCAGGCACACAAGCACACAGGGGUAAACCGGCGCGCAACCCUGAAGACGCCCCUAGCCCGCACCUUUCCCUCUCCCACUGCCAGUCCCCACUGCUGCCGACCCGAACUAUUCACCGACAAAGCAAAACAAUGUGUUUGUACGCCUACACAAAAAACGGCCCUUUGACGCCUUGGAGCAUGAGCUGUGGUACCUGCGUGUCUGCGCUAUGCUUAGGGUACCAUCCUACCACCUCGUGCGGCCCAUGUGGCAAUGGAGCCUGCAUUGAUAGUGUAGACCCCCCCCUCUCUCUCUCUCUCCACCCGACGCAGGAACACGGCACAACUCCAUCAGUGUUCAUGAGGCACGCAGAGUCACAGCCAGGCACUGCAUGAGCUAUGAUUGUUUUUUGUCACGUCACCGUCGGCGUAUUUGAUGGCCGUUGGUGCCCCAGAUUGCGCAUUUGCUUUUCGCCAACGGCACACAUGGGAUGACGGCAAAGAAGCAACCCGCCGUUUUACAUGUCUUGCACCUGGUCACAACGGGAGAUGGCUGCCCCAUCAUG